AGGGCAUGAAGCAGAGCUAUGACGAAUACGCUGACUCUGACGAGGACCAGCACGAUGCCUACUUGGAGAGGAUGAAGGAGGAGGGCAAGAUCCGGGAGGAGAAUGCCAACGACAGCAGCGACGGCUCUGGGGAGGAGACGGAUGAGUCCUUCAACCCCGGAGAAGAGGAUGAUGACGUGGCUGAAGAGUUUGACAGCAACGCCUCAGCCAGCUCCUCCAGCGGUGAUGGCGACAGUGACCGGGACGAGAAGAAGCCAGCCAAGAAGGCCAAGAUUGUCAAAGACCGCAAGCCCCGCAAGAAGCAGCUGGAGAGCAAGAAAGGGAAAGACCCCAACGCUCCCAAGCGGCCGAUGUCAGCGUACAUGCUCUGGCUGAACGCCAGCCGUGAGAAGAUCAAGUCAGACCAUCCUGGCAUCAGCAUCACAGACUUGUCCAAGAAGGCUGGGGAGCUCUGGAAAGCCAUGUCCAAGGAGAAGAAAGAGGAAUGGGAUCGCAAGGCGGAAGAUGCCAGGAGGGACUACGAGAAGGCCAUGAAGGAGUACAGCGUGGGCAGCAAGUCGGAGAGCUCCAAGAUGGAGAGGUCUAAAAAGAAGAAGAAGAAGCAGGAGAAGCAGAUGAAGGGGAAGGUGGAGAAGAAAGGUGCUGCCUCCAAGUCUUUGGCUUCCACCAAGUCCCCUGCCAAGAAUAUGAGCGAGAGCUUCAAGAGCAAGGAAUUUGUCUCCAGCGACGAGAGCUCCUCUGGAGAGAGCAAGAAGGAGGACUCGGAGGAGGAGGGAGUCGCCAGCCUGCCCCCCAGCUCGGAGGAAUCCGCAUCCGGCUCGGAUUAGCGCUGGCUCCAGGCUGGUUCCCAGAUCGGCGAGAGGACUGGGCGGGCCGGCCCCGCGGCAGGGACCCCGGUGUUGGG